GAAAAACAAUAGGACAUCCAUCACGACAGUUUUGUGUUCAAUAUAAAGUAGGUGUUAAAUCAGAUCUGUAGUCAGUAUCUUCUUACUUCGUUGGUUUGUGGAUUAAUUUUCUAAAGAUUUUUUUUCAAUCAUGCUGCUGACACUGUGUAAACUGUCCGUUCACGUCUCUGUCAUGACAACGGCUUUGGCGCUGUUUCUACCACCUCCCCCACCACCUCCCAGAUGCAACUGUCCCAGGAAUUACGCUCCCGUGUGUGGAACUGAUGGCAAGACUUACAACAACCAAUGCCUUUUAGAAUGCACAGGUUUUGUCUACAAAGUUAAUGACGGACCAUGUUCAAAAGGCUGUGUAUGCCCGAAGACAAACGAACCAAUCUGUGGCAAUGAUGGAAAGACGUAUGACAAUGAGUGUCUGGCGAGCUGUGCAGGCACCACGGUAGCGCACACAGGUGAGUGCAGGAAGUUCUGCCGUUGCAUCACAUCAACAUACUCCCCAGUCUGCGCUGAAGAUGGACGUACCUACUCUAGCUGGUGUAGUGCUGAAUGUGAAUAUCGUGUAAAGGUUUUAUAUGCCGGGCCAUGUCAAGCAAAAUGCACGUGUUCGUCAGCUCACGCCCCAGUCUGUGGUUCAGACGACAAGACCUACAGUAACCAGUGUGAAGCCGACUGUGCAAAAGUGUACGUCCAAUACACAGGGGUAUGUAGAAAAUCGUGCAAGUGUUCCUACGAGUACAGCCCUGUAUGUGGAUCCGAUGGGGACACCUAUGACAACACCUGUUAUGCCGAAUGCGCAGGUAUCAAGGUUGCUUCUAAAGGAGAGUGCCCAAAUUCGUGUAACUGUCCUCAUCUAUACAAACCAGUCUGUGGGAAAGAUGGGAAAACGUAUGGCACGCCGUGUGACGCAGAAUGCUUCGGGAUAGCUGUUGUGUCCGACGGAGAAUGUCCCUCUCCUUCAUUUGGUGCAUAGGAACUCAAAUUCCAAAAAAAGGAGAUGAUGAAAAUCAGAUUUGUUGGACUACAGUGUAUUUGUAUGGCUUGUGUGAUACUUAAUAAAUUAAUUGGGACACGUU